AGCUCGAGCGAAAAGACCAAAUGUAUUUAGGGAUUGCAGUUUGUUGUGGGCUUCUUAUAGGUUUAAAAUAGCCACGAAAGACUACAAAUACCACAUUCAAAACGUUCGUGGCAAAAAAAGUAUUUUUUUUCUCGACGCAAGAAAAUCCAUCGAUGUAUCUGGUUGUUAAAUUCCGCGAUAGAGAAUUUGUUGAUGAAUAAAAAAAACUUUAAUGUCACUGUGGAAAUAUGGAAGUAAUCGAGGCGAUAGUGAUACAGAAUAGUGAUGCAGAAGGAAAGGAGUCGGCUGCAUCCAGCAGUGUGGAGAGCGAUAAGACAAAAGCAGAAUUUAUCUGGACUCUGCAAGCUACGUGGCACCUUGUCAACACCCGACUGGAAAUGGAUCAGGCUUUUGACCAGCCGGUGUGCAAGAAGAAGAAGCUCUGGGAAGUGGUUGCAGAGAAAGUAAACGCCAAACUGAGGGAGUCGGGCGUCACUGUUAAGGCCUACGAAUGCGACCUGAAGUGGAGAAACAUGCUGGCCACGUACCGGAAGAACACAGACAGGGCCCGGCGACUGGGGGUGGCCAGCGUCCACUGGGAGUUCUUCAAAGCGAUGCACGAGGUGCUGGGUAAGAGCAGGGAGGAGAUCGAGGCCCAGCGCCAGGCCAAGCUCAGUGGAACCAGAGUGGGCAAGGCCAUCGCCAGCAAGAGGUUCACGCCUAUCCUUCCUACGCCACCCGCAACGGCCGCCGCGUGCAUCAGCAGGCCCCCGCAGGACAUCCUGCAGCUGUACAUGGAGCUGCAGGAGAGGAAGCUGAACAUGUGGGCUCAGCAGAAAGCACUGGAGGAAAGGAAAAUAGAGGCCAUUAAUAACCUGGCCCAGGCCAUCUCCAGUCUGGCUCACGUGAACAGCCCACAGACAUCAAAGGACGGACAUUAGGCCGUUUACCGGCAACUUUUAAAAUACGCUUGAAGCAUCGCUUUUAUUGCGUCACACUCUGUAGAGAUGCAGCAGACCAACUGAACCCAUCUUUAGUGUGAAAACACAGACCUAUUGCUUGGAUAGUUCUUGUCUUUGACACAAAGAGAAAAUACACGCAUCACCCGUUUCUUCCCGUUCAGACUGCAGGAUGCUCCUGCAACCGCCUGAUGGCAGUUUUUGUUUUAUCUGUGUUCAAAAAAAGUAAUUUAUUUUUCUACUUAAAUACCAUGAACAAAUAAAGCAUCCGGUCAUUCCUGCAUGUGGUUUUUUCUAACUGAUGUAUAAUGUCUGUAACGCCGUCUUCAUGCAAUAAAUUCCUGUUUGUAGGUCUGGGA